GAAAAAGGAACAGGAUUCCUGAAAUGUAUUUUCUGUUUUCAGGUUUAUGAUUAACAAUUUAGCAAUUUGUGUCUUUAUUGUUGAAAUCAUUUUGUUGAAUUUAUCCAACAAGAAUAUAUAAUGGAAAGUGAAGAGUUAAAUAUUAAAAUUUCGCUAUCAACCUUUGGAGAUCAUAUCAUAUGUCCAGUCUGCAUGAAUAUUCUACAGGAUGUUCACAUCACUACUUGCGGUCAUAAAUUUUGUGGAAAAUGUAUUAUAGAAGCAAUUGAUAGGAGACAGAAAUGUCCAUGCUGUAAUGGGUCUCUCAAUCCUGACAGCGUAAUUAGGGAUUUAAGUUUUAAUGAAUUAAUUAUCUCAAUUCAGGAAGCGAAAAAAAACGAAGAAGCAGCUUAUCUAGACAAUAUUAUUAGCGAAGCGGGUCAAUUAGGUUCAGAGGUUAAAGAUAGUCAGAAUCUAAUUAAAGAGGUUUUAAAAAAACACUUACGUCAAGGUUUGGCUGCCCAUGAAAAAUACUGUCAAUUAAUAAUUGAUGAAUGCGAGAGGCGAAAGCGAUCAUUAUCAACCGAAACUGAGGAGGAACGUGAAACGCAAGUAAAUAGGUAUGAAUUCGAAAAGAGUGAGUCUAUUAGGCUGAUAUCGGAGGCUUACGACAGAUAUCUAUCCGAACAUAUUCCGCAUAUUACCGUUCUACCAAUUACUGUAACUUUUAUACUUCUUCAUAAAAACAUCUCCAUACAAGAUAUUACUAUAAAACCAAAUUCGACCAUUAAUGACUUUACACGAAUCCUUCAUCAGGAAAUGGAAAAGUUGCAUGAUCCAAUUAUUGAAGUUUCCGAUACUGCAAAAUUCUUUUCAUUAAGCCCAUUUUCCGAUUCAAAUUUUAAAAAUAUUGAAGAUCAGAUUAAUUUAGUAAUUAAUGAAAAGAAGAAAGUAGCCGGUCUUCAUGUUAUUCCUGCAGGAAUUAAACCAGUUUUACAGUAUGGAUUGAAACCUGGUACUAAAAUAGUAUUAUACGGAGAGGUAAAACUCUUAAGUGACAAGCCAAAAGUUUGUUUUUCUCAAACGUUUGACAAAGAAUUCCCAGAGUCUAUGGACUAUUUUACAUGUCAACAAUGUAAUUUUCAUUGUCAUCAAAUUGGAAUGUACAUCCAGAAUCAUGUACCAACAUGCGACGUUGAAGAUCACGUAGAAAGCCUAUCAGAGUUUUCGGUUGAUCUUAUAGUUGAAGGGGUUGCUAAAUGCUUAGAAAUAAUCCUAGGCAAAGAUGACUUGCCUAAGAAACUUCCGCCUAAUAUGGCAACCAAAUUCCGCAUCGGAACUCAAUUAGUUGAAGAAAUAAAAGGUAUCGGUUACAAAGGAGAAAUAGGAUAUCAAACACUUCUUUAUUCGAAUGAUACUGAAAUUAGGAAAGUUUUUAUGUUCCUUGUGGAAAGGUUACCGAAAGAAAGUUCAACAACAAGCGAUAGAAAACUAAGUGCCUAUGAACAGUUGCAGCACACUAUCGGUAGAGAAAUUCGAGAGCAGUUAGAGUUGCCUUGGAUUCCGAGUUUUCUAAAGAAAAGAGGGACGGACGUGAAACCUAUUGCUUCACAAUUGAAGGACGUUAGAAAUUUACCAGCUUCGCUUAUGGAGCUUAAUUCAUCUUUAUUAGUUGAGCAACAGGAAAAAGAGCUUUCAUUAUCGAAAUCAAUCAGAACGAAACACCAAAAGAGUCAGGAUGCUCUAGGUAAUAUUGUUAAAAAGUCGAUUUUAGAAGCCAAAUCAAAGUCUAUGCAAAAUGGAGAUUGGAUGAAUUAUCGUUCAAUUAAUAUUUCAAACACGACAACACUGUUUCAUUCAAAUGAGGAAAAUGUUAAUGAUGAUUCACCUAAAAGUGCUGAACAAUUAGAAGAAGGAAAAGAAGUAAAGAGUUCGAUAAGUAAAGAAGAAGAAUUAGAUAAUUUACGUAGUGAGUUAUUAGAUAUAUCUAAACAAAUGGAGAAAUUAGAAUUGAAAUGUAGCAAAUAUAACGGAGUUUUACCUAAGCUAAAGAAGAAGUCGAAUAGAUUAGAUGAUGAUAAUAGGAAGAGAGAAGAAGAAUAUAACAUUAAAAAGAAAAUAAUCGACUUAUUGCCUAAUGCAUCAGAUAAUACUAUACUAUUAGAGAAAAAAGUAAAGACUACGCAAGAGAAAAUUGAUGAAUUUGAGAAAGAAUGGGAAUUAAGGAGGAAACCUCUGGAAGAGAGGUUAGCUAAAUUACAGGAAACCGCAGAUAAAACUACUUCUUUAACUGAAAAGAAAAUUGAAGAGUUGAAGAAAGUUAAACAAGACUUUAAAGAUGUCACUAGUGAAUAUAAAAUAAAGGAGGAAGCUCAAAAACAACUGGUUCUUAUUGAUACUAAAGAAGUUCAGAAAGAGGUCAAUAGUAUUGGAGGCAAGCUCGAUAGGACAUUCACCGUUACUGAUGAGUUAUUAUUCAGGGAUGCUAAAAAAGAUGAAACUUCUAGGAAAUCUUACAAGCACUUAGCCGCAUUGCACGAGAAUUGCAAGAUUAUUAUUAAAACUCUAGAAGAAACCGGUGCUAUUAUAAGAGAGAUUCGAACUUUAGAAGAUCAAAUUGAGAGUAAAAGUCAAGAAAAAAUUGAAGAAAAUUUAGAAAAAAUAGCUAAAGAUUACGCCGAAAUGAAGAAGGAAAAUACUGAAUUGAAACAACGUUUAGCUAAAAAAUAA